AUGGCGGCGGCCGCCACCGCCGCCAGCCCUGGAAGUCCCGCCGCCGGGCCCCUGCCGCCGCCGGCAGAGCCCUGCCCCAGGAAAGCGCCGCAGCCGCCGCCGCAGCCGCCGCCGCCGGCGCGCAGCGACCCCCGCCGCAGGCAGGCCGCGCUCUCCUUCCUCACCAGCAUCUCCCUCGACGGGCGGCCCCCGCCGCCGGGCAACGACGGCCCCGCCGCCCGGCCCCGCCAGGCGCAGCCGCCGCCGCGGCUGGGCAGCCCCCCGGCGGCGCCCGCCGAGCCCCCGGAGGAGGAGGAAGACGAGGAGGAGGAGGAGGACGCCUUCGCCGCGGUGCAGGUGCCGCCCGCCGUCUUCCUGGGCGCCGCGGCGGCGGGCAGCCGCGGCCGCCUCAACUCCUUCACGGCGGGGGUGUUGCCGGCGCCCUUCGGCCGCACCAGCCCCCAGGGCAGCAUCGGCGGCAGCGGAGAGCUGGGGCAGCCCGGCCCCGCCGCCGCCUUCGAGCUGCAGCGGUCCCGACGUCGGCUGAUCUCCCAGCGAUCUUCUCUGGAGACUCUGGAGGACAUUGAGGAAAAUGCCCCACUGAGGAGAUGUCGGACACUCUCAGGAUCACCCAGACCAAAGAACUUUAAGAAGGUUCAUUUUAUCAAGAACAUGCGGCAGCACGAUACCAGAAACGGCAGAAUAGUCCUUAUCAGCAGCAGAAGAUCCUUCUGUAGCAUAUUUUCAGUGCUGCCAUAUCGAGACUGUACCCAAGUCGGGGACAUGAAGCUGGAUGGUGGACGCCAGUGCCAUUCUACUGGAGUGUGUCUGAAAGAAAUAAUUGGUCUUGAAGGUGUGGAGCUCGGAGCAGAUGGGAAGACGGUUUCUUAUACACAGUUCCUAUUUCCCACCAAUGCCCUGGGAACUCGGAGGAACACAAUAGACUCCACCUCAUCUUUCUCCCAAUUUCGCAAUGCAAGCCAUCGUAGCCUUUCUUUGGGAAGAGCUAACAGCACCCAGGGGAGCAUUGAUGCAGGUAGCGACCUGGGAGACUUUGUUGAAUACGACCCCAAUCUUUUAGAUGAUCCCCAGUGGCCAUGUGGCAAACAUAAGCGGGUUUUAAUAUUUCCUUCAUAUAUGACCACGGUCAUAGACUACGUGAAGCCAUCAGAUCUCAAGAAGGACAUGAAUGAGACCUUUAAGGAGAAGUUCCCUCACAUCAAGCUAACCCUCAGUAAAAUAAGAAGCUUGAAGAGAGAAAUGCGCAAGCUUGCUCAAGAAGAAUGCGGUUUCGAAGAGCCCACAGUGGCCAUGGCCUUUGUCUACUUUGAGAAGCUCGCUCUCAAGGGGAAGCUGAACAAGCAGAAUAGAAAGCUUUGUGCUGGAGCUUGUGUUCUUUUAGCAGCCAAAAUUGGCAGUGACCUCAGAAAACAUGAAGUCAAGCAUCUUAUAGAUAAACUGGAAGAGAAGUUCCGGCUGAACAGGCGAGAGCUGAUUGCCUUCGAGUUCCCGGUGCUGGUGGCCUUGGAGUUUGCUCUGCACCUCCCCGAGCACGAGGUGAUGCCGCACUACAGACGCCUGGUGCAGAACUCCUAGCGCUGGCUGCCGGCAGGGAAGGGGCUCCCGACUGUUCCUGCUUGGCUCUCCCAAGCCGCAGUUACUACUGGAAAUGCAAAAUCAGACUCCUAACACUUCACUCUCUCUCCCCCCACCCCAAAGCAGUUUUUCUGGCUACAGGAAAUACUGCAUUGACUCUUGGCUUUGACGAAUUUAUGUAUCGUUACUUUCUCAAAGCAGGUGAAGACUGAGCUGUCGGUGAAUAGUUCACGUGCUGAAACUGGGUGGCGACUGACCCUCCCUAUAGGGACUACAGCUAUAAAAGUAGGCAAGAAUUAGAAGGGCAGCCUCCAUGACCACCCCUCUCUCCAUCACACAAACCCUGGAAGCCCACUGAGUGCAUUCUUGUAGCGCUUUUUCUACAGACCUGCUGCAAAAUCCAAGAGAACUUCUUGAAGUGAAAAAGCUUUUAAAGAAGAUAUCUUCACUGUGUCAAAAAGAAUGUGCCAAUCUAUUUUUGUAUCAGCAAUUGAAAGUGCACUUUUUCCUGUGGGGUAUUUGUGUGUGUAUCCUUGCGUGUGUGUGUGUGUGUGUGUGUGUGUGCGUGUGUGUGCGUGACACUGAACUGAUCUCAGUCCAGGUGGUUGGCUUAGCUGUUUCCAAGUGUAUCAGUUACUGAUGGUGAAGAUCAAGGUGACCUUACACGUUUACUCCUUGAAAAACGUAACUACUGGAAAAGUGGUAAAUGGGAUCAUUUUUGGACACUUGGUUUUUUUUAUUCUCUGAUCUUUCCAACAUUGUACCUUUGAAAGGAUUACACUACUACUACUGCGAGAGAAGGAUCAGCAAUUGACCUUAAGUUUUCAGUCAUGUUUGUGGUAAAGAUGAAAGCAUUAGUAUAAGAUUUCUGUGUCAUGUUUUUUAAAAAUAUCUUGUGUUAAGCCACAUGCAUAUUUUUAACCUUCGCACUUUUCCCACUGUGGAGAUGGUUAGACUUGCACUCUGUAGUGUUGUAUUUCUGUGCUCUAUGUUAGAGUGCGUAAUAAGCACAUUUAUUGUGCUUUAUCUUAAAACAGUGUUUUAUUAAAAAAAAAGUGUAGGGCUCAGCAGUUGAUGGGUGUCUUAAGGCUCCAACAGCAGGGGCAUCAGCCAUUACAGUUUUGGGGUUUUAAUUAGGAUUGACUGUGCAAAACCUAAAAUCUGUGCCCAUUGAGAUUCAGUUCCUUUAGACACUGCAGUGCUGGAGUUUUAUGGUAAAACUUCUUGCAGCUUCCCUCGUUCUGACUGGACACCCAGAAAGCUUAAAGGCUUUAUCCAAGCUCCUGAUGCUAUAUCCACGCUAAGCUAAUGCCAUGCCGAUGGAUAUUGUUGAGAUGCUGUUAUCAUGUGGGAUUCCACCCCUGUCCAAUCUUCUCCUGUGCUGGUUCACUUAACAAGACUUGUCCUCAACAUGCCCCACAUGGAUCUGCUAAAGUCAAGUUAUUACAUUUGUGGUAAUUAUAAAAUAAAUAAUAGUCUCAACUGUGAGAUUUCAGCUGAAGCCUUACCUCUCUAAGUUUGGGAAUGCUUGCUCAGAGUAUGAAAAGGGCUUGGGAGCAGAACACAGAGAAGUGGGACAUAUCAGAGGAUGCGAACACACUAAUGCUUACUUUCUUUCACUCUUACUUUAAUCAGUUUUAUUAUUUCCUUCAGUUAAGCCAGGAAACAUCCAGUUUCUUUACCAGCUUUGACUCCUUUAAAUUCUAGUAUGAAACAAGCCUGCAUACAAUUGCUCUACAGGAUCUAGAAAGGUUACAAGUCAGGACAAAUGGGAAUUUGAUUGAUGCUAUUGCUCUCCCCCUAUUCUAAAGGGGAGGGUGACCGGGCUAGCUUACAGUUAUUAGUAAUACUUACCUGAUUACUGAUAUAGAUACAUUCCAACAGGACUGGGGAGGAGGGGGUGAAGAGAAAAGUGUGCACUUAAAGCUUACCAGUAUAACAUCCCAUGUUGCUGCAACCCAUGUGUCACUCAGCCAGCUGCAAAGUGAGGGGAGGGAAGGCAAUCUCCUCUUCCUCCUUCUCCUCCUCCCUCUCCUCCUUUCCCUGGCUCCCACACAGCCAAGGAGCAGUGGAGCAAAGAGCCUGGAGGGCACCUGGAGCCUGUGGCAGCCUUGCUGGUUUAUUCAGACCAAAAAGGCAGUGGGUGUAGUGUGGACCUGUGAUCCAAAACAGUCUGUGGGUCAGCUAGGAGGGCUUUCACCCUUGGCCAUAUCCCUUUCCACACAAAUUGUGUAUAUACAUUGAAGAUUUGUUUCUGAUUGUGGACAUCUGUUUCUAAUAGUGACCACUCAAGGCUAAGCAGAAGCUUUACCUUUCCACCAAGGCUUCUACCUUUUGCUUUUGAGUCUGAUUGUUCUCCUAUAUUGCUUUAUAGCAUUGCAGGGAAAAAGCAAAUUGUGAUUGCAAGAUGCAGACUAAGGAAUGACAGUCUUAGUAGUCUUUAGAGAUGCUGUUGAAUCAAGCUGUCACAUCUUUUGCCUUCUGUGCUGCUACCCAACCCUGAUCUACAGUUUACACAGAUUUCUGGAUGAAAUCUGAUUGCUGGAGACUUUCUGCUUCUCUUUGUUAUCACUGUUGCUUUGGGGGCGGAAAAGGGUUUCAGAGUGAUGUUCAGUUACAGUCUGAAUGUGGAACAAACAAGGUGGUGAGGAUGUUGCACUGUUCACUUAGGAACGUAUAUAAAGCCAUAUGUUGCUAGAUCUCAGAGCACAAAGCUUGGUCAGUACAGUUAUGAUUAGGACAAUGGGCAGGAUUUGCCCCCCUUUUCUGCCCAGCCCUGGGAAAAUUCAGGCUGAAGAGGUAGAGAAAAUCUGUACCAAACAGAAAACAUGUUGAUUGUUUUCCUUUGUCUUACAUGACAAUGAGUGUUGAUUUACAAAUGAUUUUAGGUUCAACUUUAAAUAGUUUGGGAAAAUAAUCCAUUCCAUAUAACUUCUUCUGUUUUGAAAUUAUAUACCGUACACUCUACCAUGCAGAGUUAUUCCUUUUCUAAAAAAAAAAACAGAAUAAAAGUUUUAAAAAAAAUUGAAAAA